GUGUAGCCUACGCUUCGUAACGUGGGGAGUGGUUCGGGUUGUUUGCGUUCCUCUACGCUCCUGAUCGCCUCGUUUCAUUUGGACUUUUUCCGUCUCAUAUCAAAGACCUGUUUAGACAGCUAGACUUUCAGAAAAGCCGCAAUGGCAGCGCAGUGUGUGACCAAGGUGGAGCUGACCAUGUCCUGCGAGAAUCUGCUGGACAUGGAUGUGGGCUCCAAAUCGGAUCCCCUGUGUGUCCUCCUUAUGAACACCUCAGGGGCGCAGUGGUAUGAGAUCGACCGGACAGAGAGAGUUAAGAACUGCCUGAGUCCAAAGUUUGCUAAGAAGUUUGUCGUCGACUACUACUUCGAGUUGGUGCAGAAGAUGAAGUUUGGGAUUUAUGACAUCGACAACAAAACGAUCGACCUCAGCGAUGACGACUUCCUGGGGGAGCUGGAGUGCACGCUGGGUCAGAUCGUAUCCAGCAGGAAGCUGACCCGACCUCUGGUUCUGAAGAACAAGAAACCCGCAGGAAAAGGGACCAUCACGAUUUGUGCUGAAGAAAUAAAGGACAACAGGGUGGUGAAUUUUGAGGUGGAAGCCAGGAAGCUAGACAACAAGGAUUUCUUUGGCAAGUCGGACCCCUACCUGGAGUUCUACAGGCAGACCGAGACAGGAUGGCAGCUCGCCCACAGGACAGAGGUGGUCAAAAACAACCUGAACCCCUCCUGGAGGCCAUUCCGAAUCCCCCUGCAGUCUCUGUGUGGGGGGGACAUGCAGAAGCCCAUCAAGGUGGAGUGUUAUGACUAUGACAGUGAUGGGUCACAUGACCUCAUUGGGAUCUUUGAGACCAAUAUGGAGCGUCUUCAGCAAGCCUCACGCAGUGCUCCGGCAGAGUUUGACUGUGUGAACAUUAAGAAGAAACAGAAGAAGAAGAACUACAAGAACUCAGGCGUGGUCAGCGUGAAGUUUUGCCAGGUGGUGAAGGAGUACUCCUUCUUGGACUACAUAAUGGGGGGCUGCCAGAUCAACUUCACUGUUGGGGUGGACUUCACUGGGUCAAACGGGAACCCCCAGUCCCCCGAUUCUCUGCACUAUAUCAGCCCUAACGGGGUCAAUGAGUAUCUGUCCGCCAUCUGGUCUGUGGGGCAGGUGAUACAGGACUACGACAGUGAUAAAAUGUUCCCUGCGUUUGGAUUUGGAGCCCAGGUCCCCCCUACCUGGCAGGUGUCCCAUGAGUUCCCACUUAACUUCAACCCCUCAAAUCCAUAUUGUGCAGGCAUCGAGGGCGUGGUGGAGGCCUACAGAAUGUGCCUGCCCCAGGUCAAGCUGUACGGGCCCACUAACUUCUCCCCCAUCAUCAACCACGUGGCCCGCUUUGGAGCCGAGGCAACACAGCAGAAAACUGCUUCUCAAUACUUCGUCCUCCUCAUCAUCACUGACGGCGUGAUCACAGACAUGGACCAGACGUGCGCUGCCAUCGUCAACGCCUCCAAGCUGCCCAUGUCCAUCAUCAUUGUCGGGGUGGGCGGGGCCGACUUCGGUGCCAUGGAGAUACUGGACGGAGAUGAUGGGCGGCUGCGGUCGCAAAUGGGCGAGGUCGCUGUGCGCGACAUCGUGCAGUUUGUGCCGUACCGCAAGUUCCAGAAUGCUCCCAAGGAGGCACUGGCCCAGUCCGUGUUGGCUGAAAUCCCGGGUCAGGUGGUGACCUAUUUCAACAUGUGCAAACUGAGCCCGCCCAACAACCCCACCAAGACAGCCUCUACAGAGCAGCCUCAACAGAGCUGAGCCCCCCCUUACAAAAGAAAGGGCCUCCUCCCUUCCACCCAACACAUUUUACAGUACUUAGAGAAAUUACCCUCUCCACUUGCCAUCCCUAAAUCGGUCAGCUUUAACAGAGCUGAAUGAUCGGCCCUCGCAAAAUAAAGUGCCUCCCCCAUUCCCACCACCCCCUCCAUCUGAUUUUGCAGUGAUUAGGUAGCAUUUAUCCCACACCCUGUUCUGAUAUCGUGUACCCCACUCCAGCACUGUAGACCAGCCUUAACAGAGCUGAGCUCUCCACUCCCACCAAUUUAUCCUGAAAUGAAGUGCUUUACUCCAGCAACCAUCACUAUGGAACCAGCAAAGUGCCCCCUCCUGUCUUCACUUCCAAACCUGGCACCAGGUGAGGGAAGGACAGGUGCAUACCUGCAGCUGUAUCUGUUGCUUCACUUCACUUUGCUCACAGCUGUUGAAAAGGCACUGCUGUUUGGAUACGAGGUCAACUCACCUGGUAUCCCCAGGUGUGAGUGGGCUUGGGCAUUGACAGGUGACUGUUAAAACGGGCUGGACUCCAGACACCUGUGACUGGAACAGCCGUGACCGAUACUGAUCACUACAGUGAUAAUCAAUGAUCUGACCUCACCAUAUUGCUAAAUCCAGCCCCACUCCCUUAGCUCAGAUCAUUGGGUGGUUCAGAUUAUCCAAUCCUUAGAGAAGCAGCCGGGUGUAGUGAUUGGUGAAUUUCUGCUUUACUGUCACCAUUGUGGACCAAUCCCUGCAUAGUUGAGCUUACAUACAAAAUCAUGGGUAAAUUAUUACAGACACUUCCUCCUCCAUUACAGGAGCCCUAUACACAACUGACCUGCUAUUUGGUAUAUCUGUAUAAAACAUAGAAAAGACAACAAAGUCUAGGUUUUAUCUGUGUUGUGUUAUUUUUGCUAGUAACAAAUUAUUGUUGUUAACUGGAAAUAUGUGAGCAGAUUUUAAUGGGCUGUUUCUUCCAACAUCAUUGUCUGCAUCUUGUGCUUAAA